AUGGCGUCCCCCAGAACCGUAACUGUCGUGGCCCUCUCAGUGGCCCUGGGACUCUUCUUUGUUUUCAUGGGAACUAUCAAGUUGACCCCCAGGCUCAGCAAGGAUGCCUACAGUGAGAUGAAACGUGCUUACAAGAGCUAUGUCCGAGCCCUCCCUCUGCUGAAGAAAAUGGGGAUCAAUUCCAUUCUCCUCCGCAAAAGCAUUGGUGCUCUUGAGGUGGCCUGUGGCAUUGUCAUGACCCUUGUGCCUGGGCGUCCCAAAGAUGUGGCCAACUUCUUCCUACUCUUGCUCGUGUUGGCUGUGCUCUUCUUCCAUCAGCUAGUUGGUGAUCCUCUCAAACGCUACGCCCAUGCUCUGGUGUUUGGAAUCCUGCUCACCUGCCGCCUGUUGAUUGCUCGCAAGCCAGAAGACCGGUCUUCUGAGAAGAAGCCCUCACCACCACCAGGGCAAGCAGGGAAUUCCGGGAAUGCAGAGGAGCAGUCCUCCUUAUAUGAGAAGGCCCCUCAGGGCAAAAUGAAGUUAUCAUAG